CUGAGAGAAGACACCACACAUCUUAUACUGAAGUGUCUGUAAGACCUGACACCAUUCUACAGCAUCUUAGGAAUCCCCGUGAGCGGCUAUAGACAUGAAGACUCCCGAUAACACCAAGAUCUGGACGCCUUCCUGGAAAUUCCUGAUUAUUACUGUCCUCCUAGGAGCCAAUAUUGUUCUCAUCCGUAUUAUCGAAGCACUCGUUUAUAAUCGGGAACUCUCUGAAGCUAAACACUCUGAAAUUCUGCAUGAGCUCUGUAUGAACAGCAGUGACAUGCCCGGAGUUUGUCAGCGCCUUUAUAACCACCAUCCAACAAAACAAAGUAAUACUGAAUGUAAAGAACUACGUCAGGAGCUCUGUGUGAACAAGGCUGAGAGUGCUUCAGGUUGUCUUCUGUGUCCUAAUGGUUGGAUUCUACAUGGAGACGACUGUUAUUACUACUCAGAUGUACCAUACAGAACAUGGAACCAGAGCCGGGAUCAGUGUGAGAAGAUGGGAGCUGAUCUACUGGUCAUAAAGAACCAGGAACAGCAGGAGUUUAUAGAGAGAAAUCUCCCUCUGUGGUGGAUAGAGGACACAUUCUGGAUAGGACUUCACCGUGAUGGAGACGGCUGGAGAUGGGUGGAUGGAGAACAUUAUAACAGCAGCUUGAUCCAGACACGACCAUCCGGACGCUGUGUAUUAAUGAUUAGAUCUGGUUAUAAUCAGGAGGACUGCAGCUCUACAUACAGAUGGAUUUGUCUAAAGAAAGCCGUGAGGAUCUGACCUUUAUGUAAUGUACAUGAAGCUGAAUAAAGUUAUAAAAACUU